AGAUCACAUCAAACUUGACUUUAAACCCUUCUUCUCCCCCUCUCUCUCUCUCUUUCUCUUUCUCUCUCUCUGCAAUUGCCUUUUUCUUUUCUGCUUUUGCUUGGCAGUCUUUAAUCCUCAUUGUUUACUUAAUUCUUUUUCUUUUUUAUCUCGUUGGUUCACUCAAAAACUCCCCCACCACGUUGAACAAUCAAAGACUCAGUCUUUAGUUGUUUUAUGCAUUUUUUUUGGGGGUGUUCAUUUCUUGAAUAGCCUUGUGUGUUUUGAGUGAAAAGGAAGAGGUAAGGGUAGUAGUCCGUGUGGAAUUUUUUGCUCAGAAAUGGCAACUCCUCCGAAGCCUGAAGAAAUCAGCCACCUCCCCAUGGACCAGCUUCAAGGUUUAGAGUACUGCAUUGAUUCCAAUCCUUCUUGGGGGGAGGCGAUAGCGAUGGGAUUUCAGCAUUACAUCAUGGCAUUAGGAACUGCAGUGAUGAUUCCAUCAUUUCUUGUUCCUUUUAUGGGGGGAGAUCAUGGUGACACUGUGAGGGUGGUGCAGACUCUACUUUUUGUCCAAGGAAUAAACACUCUUUUACAAACAUUAUUUGGGACAAGAUUACCUACUGUGGUUGGAGGAUCAUGGGCAUUUGCAGUUCCCAUAAUUUCCAUUAUUCAUGAUUCUUCCUUGGCAAGGAUUGCUGAUCCUCAUGAAAGAUUCCUCAGCACAAUGCGAGCAAUACAGGGUGCGCUAAUAGUAGCUUCUAGUGUGCAAAUUAUUUUGGGAUAUAGCCAACUUUGGGCUAUUUUUUCCAGGUUUUUCAGCCCACUUGGAAUGGUUCCGGUUGUUUCAUUGGUGGGGCUUGGACUGCUCGAUAAAGGAUUCCCAGUGGUUGGACAGUGUGUUGAAAUCGGUGUUCCUAUGUUCAUCUUGUUUGUUGCCUUCUCUCAGUACUUGAAGAACUUCCAGUUCAGAAAGCUUCCAGUUUUGGAACGAUUUGCGCUGAUUAUCUCAGUCACGAUAAUUUGGGCUUACGCACACCUCCUGACUGCCAGUGGUGCAUAUAAACAUCGUCCAGAGGAAACUCAGAAAAACUGCCGCACAGACAGAGCAUACCUUAUUUCUUCGGCACCAUGGAUUAAAAUUCCAUAUCCACUUCAGUGGGGUGCACCUACCUUUGAGGCUGGUCAUGCAUUUGGAAUGAUGGCAGCUGUGCUAGUUUCCUUGAUUGAGUCUACUGGAGCAUAUAAAGCGGCUUCUCGUCUGGCAAGUGCUACACCACCUCCAGCUCACGUUCUCAGCCGUGGCAUUGGUUGGCAGGGAAUUGGGAUCCUGUUGAGUGGACUUUUUGGGACGGCUACUGGAUGUUCGGUUUCAGUAGAAAAUGUGGGGCUUCUGGGAAGCACUCGUGUUGGUAGCCGCAGAGUUAUCCAAAUCUCAGCUGGCUUCAUGCUCUUCUUCUCAAUAUUAGGGAAAUUUGGUGCCUUGUUUGCAUCAAUUCCUUUUACAAUAUUUGCUGCUGUGUACUGUGUAAUGUUUGGCGUCGUAGCUUCAGUGGGGUUGUCAUUCCUGCAAUUCACAAACAUGAAUUCCAUGAGAAACCUCUUCAUUGCUGGCGUUUCCCUCUUCCUUGGAUUGUCCAUUCCGGAGUACUUUAGGGAAUACACUUCUGCUGCUCUUCAUGGCCCUUCUCAUACCAAGGCUGGAUGGUUUAACGAUUUUCUGAACACGAUCUUCCUGUCAUCGCCGACGGUGGCGCUGAUAGUGGCGGUGUUCCUGGACAACACGCUGGAGUACAAAGACAGUGCAAGAGACAGGGGGAUGCCGUGGUGGGCAAAGUUCAGAACGUUCAAGGGAGAUAGCAGGAACGAAGAGUUUUACACCCUCCCUUUCAACCUCAACCGCUUCUUCCCACCCUCCUGAUCAUCCAUCAUACCAAGUGUGUCGUGUCUAAGACAGGGAAAGAAAUAUACAUACUCACAGAGUAAAAUCAACAGGAGGAGAGGAGGAGAGAGAAUCCUCUUGGUGGAGGAAGAAGAAGAAGAAGAAGAAGGCCUAAGAUUGUUCAUCGAAAUCUGGAAAAAGGAAAUGGUGGAUGUGAAUGUUGUAUUGUCACUAUAUAUUUUCAUUGAAUGAAUUCUUUCAAUAUAUAUUUUUAUAUGUAGGGUUAUUCAAGCUUAAUCCAUUAUGGUAUAUUUC